GUGCGAAGUCAGCGCCCUUGGGGCGCAGCAGGGCGCACGAAUCGCCAGCGCCCUGCGCGGAGCCCUACGCGCGCUUGGUGAGGACGAGCUCCCGCCAGAUCCGUUUCACCGGAGUUGGGGGCACUUGGAGGUGGUAAGGGCCUUUGGAGAGCUGCUGAGGAUCUAGGGGCUUGGAGGGUCGCGGCAUGUGUUUUCUCACCUUAGGAGAGGAGAACUCUCGGAUGGACCCCACCGCCCGCAGCCAACAGCUCUGAAGUGUGACUGCAAUCGACUAGCUCAGCAGAGGCCCCAGAGUCUCUGGAUUGAUAGCUUGGAAUAUGCCACAAGGUGAGGGGCCAGCUGGUCUCCAUGACAGGGACCCAGAGCACAGCAACUGUGGAGAGCAAGAGGGACUGUUCAGGAGGCUGACUUGGGAUGCCGAGAUGAGGCUCCUGCCCUGCCAUUCUUGCACCCCUCUGACGGAAGGCUGGUGACGUCCUGCCCUCGGGAAAGCACGUUGAGUUGAUGUGAAAGGGGCUGCCUAGCCAGAGAGGAAGGACUCCUGGAGGCAGACUGACCUGUGAUCCCUGCUGCGGGACUUCGGAGCCCUGGAUGGGCCGUCCCUCAGCAAGAUGAGGACGCUGAACACCUCGGCCAUGGACGGGUCUGGGCUGGUGGUGGAGCGUGCCUUCUCCUUCCGCAUCCUCACGGCUUGCUUCCUGUCCCUGCUCAUCCUGUCCACGCUGCUGGGGAACACGCUGGUCUGUGCCGCCGUCAUCAGGUUCCGACACCUGCGGUCCAAGGUGACCAACUUCUUCGUCAUCUCCUUGGCCGUGUCCGAUCUCUUGGUGGCUGUCUUGGUCAUGCCCUGGAAGGCAGUGGCAGAGAUCGCUGGCUUCUGGCCCUUUGGGUCCUUCUGCAACAUCUGGGUGGCCUUUGACAUCAUGUGCUCCACGGCGUCCAUCCUUAAUCUCUGUGUGAUCAGCGUGGACCGGUACUGGGCCAUCUCCAGCCCCUUCAGGUACGAGCGCAAGAUGACUCCGAAGGCCGCCUUCAUUCUGAUCAGCGUGGCGUGGACCCUCUCUGUGCUCAUCUCUUUCAUCCCUGUGCAGCUGAGCUGGCACAAGGCCAAGUCCACGAGCCCCUCCGAUGGGAACGCCACGUCCCUGGAUGAGACCACGGACAACUGUGACUCCAGCCUGAGCCGGACAUACGCUAUCUCGUCGUCCCUCAUAAGCUUUUACAUCCCUGUGGCCAUCAUGAUCGUCACCUACACCAGGAUCUACAGGAUCGCCCAGAAACAAAUCCGGCGCAUCUCGGCCUUGGAGAGGGCGGCAGUCCACGCCAAGAAUUGCCAGACCACCACGGGCAAUGGAAACGCAGCCGAGGGUUCGCAGCCAGAAAGCUCCUUUAAGAUGUCCUUCAAAAGAGAGACUAAAGUUCUGAAGACGCUGUCUGUGAUCAUGGGCGUGUUUGUGUGCUGCUGGCUGCCCUUUUUCAUCUUGAACUGCAUGGUGCCCUUCUGCGGCUCGGGAGAGACCCAGCCUUUCUGCAUAGACUCUAUCACCUUCGAUGUGUUCGUGUGGUUUGGGUGGGCGAAUUCCUCCUUGAACCCCAUCAUCUACGCUUUCAAUGCUGAUUUCAGGAAGGCAUUUUCCACCCUCUUAGGAUGCUACCGGCUUUGCCCGACCACUAACAAUGCCAUCGAGACGGUCAGCAUCAAUAACAAUGGGGCUGUGGUGUUCUCUAGCCACCACGAGCCCCGAGGAUCCAUUUCCAAGGAGUGCAACCUGGUCUACCUAAUCCCGCAUGCCGUGGGCUCCUCUGAGAACUUGAAGAAAGAGGAGGCUGGUGGGGUAGCCAGACCCCCGGAGAAGCUAUCCCCAGCCCUCUCUGUCAUAUUGGACUAUGACACGGACGUCUCUCUCGAGAAGAUCCAGCCCAUCACACAAAAUGGGCAGCACGCUACCUGAGCUCCACAGGAAUCCCACCACCCAUGCUCCCCCCCAAAGCUAGGAGAAUUUCCCUGGGGCUGGCUGUCAAGUUUUUGCUGAAGUUCAGUGAGAUUGCAGGCAAGCCUUCCUCUGCUGCUUGACAAAUACCCCCCACCCUCACCCCACGUCAAACACAACUCACUGUCCAAUACAGCCCGGUGUGUUUUCUGUGUCACUCCGAGUGACUCAGACAGGGACACCUGUGAAGCUUGCCCUCACACAUAGCUUCUAUGGCAUUCAGAGGUUUUUGCUUUUUUUUCCAAAUUUUGAUUAUUUUGAUUCCAAGAUUGUCUUUAGAAGCUGAUUCUUAUUUUAGGAUUAAAAAAUAAUAAUAAUAGGGGCUGGGGUGGGUCCAAGGAAUUCACAGUGAGCAGCUUCACUUAAAAUUGAAACCUUUCCGGGAAAGAAGGGUUGAGUUUGCGGUGUACAAACAGGUGCUAACACUGUUCCGAGCAAAGUGUUCCGAUUGUAAAGGUAGGUGCAUGUCUUCGUGAAUGUUUCUGAACCCUAGCUGAGCCUUGCAGUCGGAAGAGGAGCUUUCCUUGUUUCCCUUUCCUUUCCCCCCAAAGAGAUGCGUGGUUGAUAUUGGUUUUAUUUAUUGUAUUAUAUGGAUAUUUUAAUUUAUUAUACUAAAUCUAUAUUUAUCAUAUUUAAUAGGACAAACUAAGGAGCUAUCAGAGAUCUUCAAACCACAUUUUUACCCAUUUUAACUAGCACUUUAUAAGCCGAUGAAACAAAUACACAGAUCCUCUGAGGCUUUCGAUGCUCCCGUGGACCUGGUCGAAAUGCAUCCAAGUAUGGUAAGAAGGGAAGUUGAGCUGCGGUGACUCCUGCAAAUUCAUUUCUAGGAAUAAAAACAAGGCAAGAGCCGACAAAUGCUGUGAAUGCUCUUUUCAUUUUCUAGAGAGAUAAUUUUCUUUUUUUUUUAAACAUAGCUUUCUAUGGCAGUCAGAGGUUUUUGCUUUUUUUCAAAUGACAGAGACUUUCUGAGGAGAAUAAUUUGCAGUUCUGUAAAUAUCUCAAGUAAAAACCAGCUGAAGAAGAAUCCAACUUCUGACUUAAGAUGUUAGGUGGUAAUCAUAAGUAUAUGCCAUGUUGUAUUUAUGUGAAAUAAUCGACCCUCCCCAUCUUUCUCUCAUUUUGGUGUCUGACAGCUUUUCUGAACCAAAUGGCUGUUGAAAACCGUGGGUUUCCUUGACUCCCGUGUCCCGACAGCUUCAUCAUGGACACAGCUCUAAGCCUGAGUGUCCACCUCGCCCGGGGGCACUGUACCACUCAGUGGGGCUAUUUUUCAUAGUGUUUUAAUUUGAACUUAGAUUGGAUUGUUUUGGUCUUUAACUAUGAAUGAUGUAAUGACUAAUACAUAGUGCCUCAUUAUCAUUGUUGAGUAAGAUGCUUCUGUUGGUGGGGAAAAACAGGAGGCCCUUUCUGUUUGGGGGUGCUUAGCACCCCAAAGGCCUCAGUAUUCCUUUUGCCAAACGCUGGUCCUUUCUUUGUGCUUUGGACUCUUGUCCCUGUGUCAUCCCCUGGACUGUACAAAGUAUCAGACGCCUCCGUUACCAGAUACUGGCAUUUUGGGAGCAAUGCUUUGAAAUGUUUACCGAGUGUUCUUGUUGAGUUUCACAUUGGGAGGAUCCUGGGAAUGGGAACACAAUCCUCUGAUGGGUAGAUCCUGCCUCAGGUCUGUGAGAUUCAUGUAUUGUGAAUGUUUUCUUCAUCUUAUUGCCUGUAUUUUGCUUUCAUACAUAUAAUAAAAUUAUUUUGUGAACUCCAA